AUGCUCCCCGCUAACCAACUCAUCGCCCAACUCCGGAGUAACCUCCCCCCCUCCGACCUCCAAGCCUUCUACACCCAAUGGGCCUCCACCUACAACACCCACAUCGUCGCACUUCAAAACUACGUUUCCCCCAGCCUUAUCGCGCAAAUCGUCCGGCAACUUCCCCACUAUUCCACCCUCCGCAUUCUCGAUGCCGGAUGUGGCACCGGGCUCGUGGGGGUUGCGCUUGCAGAGAGCGGCGCUACGAACAUUGAUGGCCUUGAUUUUUCGCCUGCUAUGCUCGCGCAAGCGCGUCUGACGGGCUUUUAUAAAAAUCUGUUCGUGGGAGACUUGUUGCAGACGAUUGAGGUGCCGGAUGGAUCGUAUGAUUUGGUGACUUGUGCUGGGACGUUUACGUAUGGACAUGUUGGUCCUGAUCCUGCGCUGAGGGAAUUUAUUCGGAUACUUGUUCCAAGUGGUCUUAUUAUUGCUACCGUUUUAGAGGAGGUUUGGGAGUCCGGGGGCUAUAAAGCUGAGAUUGAAAAAUUUGAGGCAGAAGAAAUUUUGGAGGUUGUUAGUGUGGAGUUGAAUGAUUAUCGAAAGGGAUGUGAGAAAGCACAUAUGGUUAUCUUGAAAAAGAGAGGUGGCACUUGA